AUGAAGACCACCGCCCAAACUUUGAGUUUGACAGUGCAUGCAGCCGUUCAAAGAGAAACUUAUCAGUAUGUUGAAAUACUUGGGAAGGCCAUUCCAGGGAAAGAUCAGGCCAUGGAUUUUUCAUUGAUUGAUCUCCCCCUCAAAUCUCGAAUGACAGGUGAGAACAGUCAUCCAGAUGAUCAAAAGGAACUUUACAUGUUGGAAGAUGAAGCAAGAACAACAAAGCAAUUAGACAAGCCUAGAGGGUGGCUGACGAGGGGUCUUUCACGGACAUUUGGAUUAUUGAUGUACCCUUUCAGAAAGAAGUUUCCAGGGAUUGGGAGGAAGAUUAAGCCCGAACCUGAUAUGACUGCAUCUGAGAAAGUACUUCUCAAAAAUUUCGACAGGGAGACAUUUUUAGGGGAAAAUGCUCCCCUGAUGAGUGACAUUGAAAAAACACAUGGCAGCUUGAAGAAGAAGUUUGAUACUAUCCUUCACGGGCAAAAGACAGAAGCAGCUAAAACAAUUACUGAUCUAACAGAAGAGCUAAGAAAUCCUUUGGAUUUGAAUUCUCAACAUGGAUAUAUCAUUCAAUUUAUGCGUGAAUACACAUUAUAUUCAUUCUCUGAUAUUGAUCUUCUGGGUCAUCUAGCAUUGUGUUUGGGAAGCCUCAGUUCGGAUAAGUUGCCGCAUAUCACCAGUAACAGGUCACAUGACGGGGUUAUAAGAUACACAUUCAUGAGCUUGAAGCAUAAAGUCAUUGAUCAAAUCUCAAAGCAUCCAGAAAUUGUUGAUCCACUCAUAAAAGGCAUUUUCUUACCCAAAAAGUACAUCACACAAGUUGAUUCAAAGAAGCUGUGCUCUAGCACCAGUUUAUUUGCACCCCAAUCCCAUCAACUCAUCACUUUAGAUAUGAGCCCAGAGGUUGAAGGUAAAAGAGACAAUGUUUCAAUACUGCUGGAAGCUAGUAGACAAGCAGUAAAUUUACUUGAACAAAAUCCAAGUCUGGCUGAAGCAGAACAAAGUAGUCUUCUUGUCUAUCUAUAUAUCCUUGAACAAGAAUUUAGAUCAAUUACUCAACAUACACAAUCAAAUCAAAAGGAUGGGAACUGGGUUGCAAAUGGAUUCCAUGUUUUUCCAAAGAAACUGAAAGUAGAUUUGCACAACAUGUCGGUGUUGGUUCAUCAGCAAAUAGUCAAGGACUUAUCUGUAUCUCACCACUGA